AUGUCAAAUCUACAGUCGCAUCAGCGCCAGCAUAUGAAAGGAAAACCUCAUCGCUGUGAAAACUGUUUCAUGUCGUAUGACACAAAGGAAGAAUUAGAUGUCCACGUUCAAGCGAAGCACUCGGGUAAUCGAUACGCCAAGGUGCUUGUCUGUCCAGCGUGUUCAAAAAGCUACAACUCGGAGACAUACCUGGCGAAACACAUGGAACGCCACAAAGAGGCCGUCACAAAUGCUAAUGUUAGUCGAUUUGGUGCUCUAAAUACCUCGGCAGGCGCCCUAGGAGCCCUCAGUGGGUUCAUGACAAGUCAUCACACAGGUAUGGGAGGUAGAUCUAUGGCUCCAGUGACGGAACAAAGUCUCCACGAAGAGCUUCAACAAAGAAUUGGACACCCGCAAGAUCUGCAAAAUCUUCAGAGAGCCGCAGUGGCUGCAGCUGCCUCUAUUAUGUCUCCCAUGGGUCCUGGAAGUGUUGGCGGCUUGACAGGUCAUGAUACAAACCAUCUACUUCAUCACCUUCCAACCGGUCUACAAGGACAACUUGCAGUGGCUCAGAAGGGUCACCAGCAGACCCUUCAUGGUGGUGGAACUCAUCCGGGGAGCCAUUCAACUUCAUCCGGUUUUCCUGAUACUUACCAACAGCAUCAAAUGCUGGCCGCGACCUCACCCUACUCUAAUCAAAUGCCAUCUUUUCUUGGACGUCCCUCUGCAGACCGCCACAUGCCGAGGUUUCCCCCGACACCAUUGGACGCUGGACGAAAGAUGAUGGACUUUCAGGCACCUCCACCUCCACCGCCUCCGCCACCUCCUCCAAUGGCGCAUCAACAGAUGGCUUUAGAGCAUGCAGUUCCACCUCCACCACCUUCGAUGCAGCCUCCACCACCACCACAGUUUCAGUCACCUCCUCCGUUGCCACAACAGCAGCAGCAACAGAUGAGACCUUUUGGUCAUUCACCACAGGCCGUUGGAAGUGGAAAAGGUUUGGAUGGAGGGAAGCCCGUAGGCGAAGAGGGUAAGGAGGUUAAUCCCAACGCUUGGGAACAGGGCCCAGUAACUCCCAUUCCCAUGGAUGGCCAGGAAGAUGCCGGGGGUGGUGUCAGCAUAACUGGUGACGAACCAGGGGCUCCGAAUCUCUGGACUCCACAUUCGGCAGCAAAGCGACUCAAACCCGAUCCAGAUGAACGCGUGGGAGCUUACAAUCACCACCACCAACAUCAGCACCAUCACCAUCAUCCACAACAGCCCUUCGAGACGGAGUAUCUCAGACGUUCAGCUACAGCAGAAGCACAAUACCAACAGCAUAUGGCUCCACCGCAGAUGCCACCAACAGAGAAUUCGAUGGAACAUGUGGUUGAUAAACUGGCAAAGUUUUGGCAAAGGAAUUCUGUCAGUCAUGGUAUGGAUGGGAAACCCGGAAGGGAUAUCCGAAUAGAGGCGUUGUUAAGCGGAUUCCCACAAAAUCCGGUGCGAGAAAGGCAGGAUGACGAAACAGAGGAAGAGGUGGUGGAACGUCUACGUCAUAUGUCACAGUCUUCAUCAACAACAAAUAGAGAAAGGGACUUCCAGGCAGAAACGCAAUCACCGCGAGCUUCACAUACAGUCCAAGAGGAUGGUGAGAGCGCGUACCGCCGUAACUCAGCGAAUGGAGGUGGCGAAGACCGUGAGGAUGACGUGUCUAGAAAUGGAACAACUCCACCGAACUAUCGUGUAGCAUACACUGGCACUGGGAAUCCAACAACGACUGAUAGCAAUGGUAACGCAGAAAACAACUAUUCAGCAGCAGCUAAUGCAUUCUAUGGAGCCGAUGCGGCGGCUAGAGAUUUAUCAGUGAUGCGAGAUGAUGAAAGGACACAGCAGCCGAGUAAUGUCGCCAAUGAAAUUGGUUUUCCCGUCCACUUCUCGCAGUCCCAGUAG